AUGCAGAGGAGAUGCAUGAGGUAGCUGAAGAUGCACAUGUAUUCCAUCGACCCCAGAAGUUGCCAGUUUCUAGGAAGGUUGUGAAGGGAAGUGGCUCCAUAGCAGGAAAAUCAAAGGUGGCUGAAGGAAAAAGAAACAAAGGGGGUGAAGAUGAAUCCACAAGCAGUGAUAGUGAUUAUGAGGUUGAUUUAGAAGAAGAAGAAAAUAGUUCUGCCGAUGACGAAGAAGCAAUUGAAUUCAAAAAAUAUGCAAGGGAACUCAAGAGCAAGGUCAGGGAUAAAAUGCUUGGAGAAGAGGAUGAGAAAGUAGUUGAUGUGCCAGAGGAUUUCCUUGUCCCAGAGGAUUGCAAGCUUGAUGAUGGUGAUGGUGAUGUGACACCCUAUUUUGACAGCGCAGACGAUUUAUCUUAUGAUGAAGCAAGUGACACGGAUGACAUGCCUAAGAGGAAGAAGACAGAGCACAAAGUUUAUGAUAGCACUUCUGAAAUUCCUUUAUUCUCUGUUGGUAUGGCCUUCCAUGACAGUAGGGAGUUCAAGAAUGCAUUGGUCAAGUAUGGACUGAAAACAUAUCACCACUUGUUAUUUCCAAAAGAUGAGAAAAGGAGAGUAAGUGCAAAAUGCAGUUGGCCUGGCUGUCCUUGGAGUAUUUAUGGGUCCAUUACUAGUAGGUCUGAUUGGUUUCUAGUAUGGAGGUACAAUAAUGAGCACACUUGCAUUCCAAGAAGGGACAACAAGCUGGUCACAUGUGGUGUCAUUGCAAAGAAGUAUUUUAGGCAAAUUAGGGACAAUCCAUCAUGGAAGGCAGAGCACAUUCAACAAGCUGUUCUUCAGGAUCUAGUAGCUGAUGUGUCCAUCUCCAAAUGCAAACGAGCAAAGAAACUUGUUAUGGAGAAGAUAAUUGAUCUAUCUGAUGGUGAGUAUGCUCGGGUUUAUGAUUAUCAGCUUGAGUUGCUUAGAAGCAAACCCGGUAGCACUAUCGCAGUGACAUUAAAUCCAGAAAUUCUUAAUAGUAAUGUGUUUGAAAGAAUGUAUAUGUGUUUAGAUGGUUGCAAGAAAGGAUUUCUUGCAGGAUGUAGAAGAGUGGUGGGGCUAGAUGGAUGUUUUUUGAAGGGCGCAUUCAAGGGGCAGUUGCUUUGUGCAAUUGGCAGAGAUGCAAAUAACCAGAUGUAUCCAAUAGCUUGGGCAAUAGUAGAGGUUGAGAGCUAUGAGUCCUGGUACUGGUUCAUUGGGUUUCUUCAAAAAGAUCUCUAGAUAAACAACAAUGGUGAAGGAUGGGUUCUCAUCUCUGAUCAACAGAAAGGUCUCAUCAGGGCAGUCAAUGAGCUUGUGCCUCAAGCAGAGCAUAGGAUGUGUGCAAGACACAUUUAUGCUAACUGGAGAAAAGAACACAGGGACAAGGUCUUUCAGAAAAUGUUCUGGGCAUGUGCGAAGUCAUCAGAUAGAAGCCAAUUCAAUUACAACAGGGCUAAGCUUGCACAAAACACAGUAGAAGGAGCGAGAGACAUGAUGAAAACCGCGUCGGAGCAUUGGUGUAGGGCCUACUUUAGGAUUGGCUCUUUCUGUGACUCAGUUGAGAACAACAUGUGUGAGUCAUUUAAUAAUGCCAUCAUGAGAUCAAGGUUCUACUCUGUAAUAACGGCAAUGGAAAUCAUUAGAAAGAAGGUGAUUGUGAGGAUCCAACAAAACAGAGCAAAGUCUCAGAAGUGGCAUGGAACCAUUUGCCCAGUCACAAUCAUCUCAACCUCCAUCUGCAUCAUCUUCUUAUCAACCAACACCUCGGUCGAGAUCUCAGCCAAUGUCAAACCAAUCAGGAUUCCAAUGGUGGUUAUAUGGCAAUAAUUGACUGCUAGUUACCUACCUACAUUGAAAUAAAUAUGAACUUGUGGUACAUCAUUCACUGUUAUGCAUGCUCUGGUUCAUGCUAUAU